GCUGUCGUUAACAUAUUUGUGUUCUGUAUAAUCGGGAAUAAUUGAUUUUUGAGAUGUGUACUUUUGCAGUCUGUGCGUUUUUGGGAAUUCUGCUUUUUGCACCAUACCAGUGCUUGGAGUGUCCCUUUGGCUGCGAGUGUUUUGCUGUCACUCGCACAGUGAAAUGCGUUUCUAAGGAUCUGCUCUCGGUGCCUCAAAGUAUUCCAGGAUACACGAGGACUGUCUAUAUCACAGGGAAUAACAUUCACCAGAUUGCACCUGACUCGUUUACAGAGAUGGAGAAUGUCACCAACAUUGUUUUAAGCAAUAAUAGGAUCACAGAGAUGGAGUCUCACAGCUUCUCUGCCCUCGUCAACCUUCGUUUCCUGGACCUCAGCGGGAACCAGCUGGCUCUCAUCCAUCCUGAGGCCCUCAGUAUCCUCGGCAGUCCCCUUCAGGAGCUGAACCUGAGCCAUUCGCUUUACAACUUCACCGCCCUGACGGACCUCACCACGGCCCUGCGCUGGGGUGGCCUCGGGGGUCUCCUCCGCCUCGACCUGUCUGGGAACCACCUCUCCCUGCUGCCCCCGGGAAUGUUCUCUCACCUUCCUAACCUGCAGCAGCUCUUCCUCGGGAACAACUCCCUGAUGGCAGUCUACAGUGGGACUUUCUCCGGCAUGAACCAUCUGGAGGUGCUGGACCUCACACAGAACGCCUUCAUGACGUUCAGGGCCGAUUCUCUGCAGGAGCUGGAGAAGCUCGGCAACAUCCGCAUUCAUCUCGGUAACAACCGCUACACUUGCUCCUGUGAAAUCCGUGAUUUUGUCACCUGGCUGAACGAAUCAAGAGCUCAGCUAGAUGUGGAUGCUGUGAGAUGUGCCUCACCAACAGCGUUGAACAACACCCGGCUGCGGGGGCUCAGUGUCCAGGCCAUUGGGUGUGUUGUCCCAAUCCAGGCGGAGGUGGCUGACCUCACCCUGCAGACAUCCUAUGUUUUCCUGGGGCUGGUGCUGGGGUUCGUGGGGAUGGUCUUUCUGUUCGUGCUCUACCUGAAUCGCAAAGGGAUGAAGAAAUGGAUCACUGAAAUGAGGGAUGCCUGCAGAGACGUUCUGGAGGGAUAUCACUACCGCUAUGAAAUUGACUCUGACCCUCGGCUGGGUCACAUCCCAGCAGACAACAGUGGCAGCAGGGCACAAGGGCAUUUAAGAUUAGCUCUGUCACAGCAGUUACCGAGUGACACAUGUAUUGUCCAGGAUCCCACAGACAUGCAGGUUAAAAAGGUGACCACGUCCCCUCCUGUGAAGUUAUGAUCGCUUAAUGAAACUACAAUGAUUUGACAUAAU